AUCAUCGUCUGGUUGAUGACGUCUUCACCUUUCCAUUCCUUCGUUCAUAUUGCAGCCAGUUUUGGCGCUGUCUUGACCUAGCUAGACUUGUUAGGGUCCAUCAUCAGCAGACGUGCACCAGGACAGGUACCCGCAGUAAUAGCGAUCUGAGUGAGCUACACACUGUUAACCCUAGAAGCGUGUGGUACAAUACAAACGCGCAAUUGGCAAGAAGAACAGAAACGUGGAGGAAGAAAGACCGUUGUUUUCCUGCUUAGGCGACAAAGAGACCAGUGAUAACGUCGUGUAUAGCAGAUUCAGUGUCGAUAACGAGACCUGCUCCUGACGGAUAUCCUGUGAGCGGUUGACCUUUCGUGCGUGCUUCAUGUACUUGCGUGUGCUGUCCACCUACUAUACCCCAAGACCACGACAGCCACCGACUGUACUGCAGUGACGGCAGCAGCGGCGACGAACUGGCUACACGCCUAUUUAACUGUCCGUUUGUCUCUUACGAGAAGGAGCAGCGGCUGGUUGCGAGACUAAAUACAACGACAACAGCGUAUCAGCGGUAAGAGGAGAGCAGCCGUCAAAGAACAGCGAGAGCUGCCAGUUACUACGCACGUAACGAUCCAAGAGCACCAAGAACUGCAGCAUUAGCACGUAUUAUUAGCGCUAUAUAGAUCACGACGACGUGGGGCUGUUUGUAGCAGCUGGAUGUGCUUUGCAGUGUCAUCGAAGAUUCGUGGUGGCCAUCGCGUUUGCAGCGACUGCAGUAGCAAGACCGUGAUAACGAUAAGAACACCUCGAGCAGGUAGACAUACAUACGACGUUUCCUGAAACUUGGCGGGGUUAACGUAAAACUGGCGCGUGAAUAACGAUUGAUUUACUAUUGAGGCGGAUUCUGUAACAAGUGACGUAUAGCGUUGAAAUUCUUUAGUGCUUACGGCUUUUUGCUGUUUGCGCUGAUUUGGAACAAAAGUGCAUGAACGCGCAUGUGAAUCAAGUGUUGAAGUCUGCUUCAUACAUCUACGUGCUUUUCUUUUAGAAGAACGUGCGGAUUUUUGCUCACCCGUGUUCCGUGUGUGCAAGAUAAUCUGAACGUGCUGUGAUGAUCAACCUAUGCAGAGACUGCGAAAUUUAACAAGGUGUAUUAACAUUUUGAGACAGUUGCGGUGUGCAACAUUCUCUCGCUGGACGAGGAGUUAAUCUAACUACUGACCUUCAGCAAGUUUCUAAGGAAUUGUGUGAUAUUUUUUGCAAAAUAGUACUACAGAAUAACAGCGCAGAAAUGGACAGCGGAUGUAAUGAGACGAUGCCAGAGCGCUCGUUCAAGGAACGGCGCUGUUUCGCCCAACGAAAGCGCGACGUCGAAGACAUUCUUGACAAGUAUAAUGAUAAGAUCCCGUGCGUUAUCGAGCGCUACAAUAAUGAAAAGCGGCUCCCGCGUCUUGACAGGUCGAAAUUUCUGGUUUCGGACUACCUUUCCUUCGGCGACCUUCUCCGAACUAUCCGCAGACGACUCGAGCUUCACCCUGACCAAGCGUUCUUCUUGUUGGUCAAUCAGCGUGUGAUGCCGCCUCUGUCGAAGACAAUGUCGGAAAUUUACAGCACCGAUAAAGACGAAGAUGGUUACCUCUAUAUGGUGUACGCAUCUCAGGAGGUGUUCGGAGCCAGUCACAUUGACUGCAGCAAUAAUUGCAUUUCAAGAAUAGCUGCCGAAAGGUCUGAACUCGAAUUGUUGUUCAGUGACGAGGCUAAGUGAUGAAG